AUGUCUUCUGCUGUUGACUUCCCUCCUCUCAAGAACGAUCUACUACUACGCGCCGCUCGAGGAGAGCACACCGAGCGCGCGCCCGUAUGGGUCAUGCGUCAGGCAGGCAGAUAUCUUCCUGAAUUCCGCAAAGUACGCGAAUCGCACGAGUUCUUCGAAGUCUGCCGCACACCAGCGCUCGCGACCGAAGUCACUGUGCAGCCCAUCCGCAGGUACUCGGGGCUGGUCGACGCAUCGAUCAUCUUCAGCGACAUCCUCGUCGUCCCACAGGCAAUGGGCAUGGAGGUGCUCAUGAACCCUGGGCCCCAGUUCCCCGACCCGCUCGUCACUCCAGCAGACAUCAGCAAGCUCAACAAGACCGUCGAUGUCGAGAAAGAACUCGGUUACGUUUUCCGCGCGAUCACCGAGACCAGGAUCGCGUUGAACGGCGAGGUGCCUCUGAUUGGAUUUUGUGGCGCCCCGUGGACUCUGUUCGCGUACAUGAUCGAGGGCGGCGGCAGCAAAACACUUCAAAAGGCCAAAACCUGGCUGUUCAAAUACCCAGAAGAAUCCAAGGCGCUCCUCCUGCGGAUCGCAGACGUCUGCGUCGAUUUUUUGGUCGGACAGGUGAAAGCGGGUGCUCAGCUGCUACAAGUGUUUGAUUCUUGGGCUGGAGAGCUUUCGCCAUACGAUUUCAACCAAUUUUCAUACCCCACCCUAAAACAUAUAUCCAGCAAUGUUAAACGCCGCCUAUCAGAGGAGAACCUCCCCGUUGUUCCUAUGACCUUGUUCGCAAAGGGUGCUAACUACGCUCUUGGACAUCUUGCCCAGAACGCUGGUUAUGACGUACUCGGACUUGACUGGCUUAUUGACCCAGUCGAGGCUCGACGGAUAGUGGGAGACAAAGUGGCCUUGCAAGGUAACAUGGACCCGAAUGUACUUUACGGUGGAAGGGAUGCGAUAGAAGCUGCAGUCAAGAGGAUGGCCGAAGGCUUCCGCGCAGGUAAAGGUGGAUGGAUUGCGAAUCUGGGCCAUGGUAUCACCCCUGGAGUCGACCCCGAAGAUCUACGAUGGUUCUUCGAGUGUGUUCAGAAGUAUUCUGCUCUAUAG